AUGACAGAAGAAUCUAUAAACGAGGCAGAACUGCUUAUUUUUACACGGAACACUGCUCGUCUCAUAAAAAAACUAAUGGAUAUGCAUUUCAAAGGAAAGAUCAACAAGGAACAGCUCAGGGAUAAGUUGAAACUACUAAAAGAGAGUUUAAAGAAGAAAUUCGCAAUACUGGAGCGUGAUGAUGGUUUAAAACCGCUUGACAACUUGGACUAUGCCAUUCAAGAGUAUCUUGAGCAAAACAACAUCCACAUUUAUGAACAAAAAAUACCGUAUUUUGAGAAACUGAGGCAGAAAGAGGAGGACAUAAGGAAAAACAACUUGGAAGAACUACGAACCUUUUGUGAGGCCAAUAAAAUACUUCUAAAAGAAUUGAAAAGUGAUUUAAUGGAGAAUCUGAACAUCAGAACUUUCAUCAUGCACUGCUGCAACAAGGAAUACAAUGAAGCUAUACAAUUCAUCAGAACUAAGCAAAUACCUGUGGGGAGUAUAAGAGAAUGGUUGUUUCUUCUGGUACGGGACGCUAACUCGCACAUGGAAAAAAUAAAUGUUCAUCUCAAUGAUCUGAUUAACGAGUACAAAAGGAUCCUGUGCCACAUUAAAGGGUUGCCACCACAGACGCGAUUGACAAAUCGAAUAGUUGCUGGCAUAAUAACGCUUAAUGGCAUCGACUGCUUGAACAAGAAGAGAGCCGAUGAAUGUCCGACUUGUCUGCCGUGGAUACAAAGUCUAGCUGCCAAAUUACCGUAUUCAAGGCGAACAAACACCUUCCUUAGAUGCAAAGGAUGUGGUGAUGAAAUAAAUGAAAGUAAUAGGCCGCUGGUGUAUGAGACCAGGCAUAUAUACUCAGAAAAAUAUUUGAAAACAUGCGGAUAUGUGGUUUAUUGCGCUGCCACCAAGAAAUAUUGCGAUAAGAAGCCUGAAAUUUGUUUCUUCCUAUAAUUAAAGUUAAUAAAUGUUAGAACUCCG